CAGCCGGUCACUUCAUGUUCAUAUCCAAGCUGUUCUGCUGCACUGAAGCACAUGGAGGUGAGGAAGCCUGCACACAGGAAACGAAUUCGCUGUGAGAGCACGGAGGAUGUCCAAUCAUCUGACUUCAGUCUAUAGGACAGGCCCUGACGCACACACACACACACACACACACGCUGGAUUGAUAUCUGUCCUUCUUUGCGACAAACACCAGCACACGCCGAAAUGUCUCACCUUCAAAGCGAACUUACCCAGAAUCCUCUGGAGAAGAUCUGGGUUCCGUGGAUGAACAGCAGACUGAGCCGGAGACGUGGCUCGUCUGUGCCGCAGUUCACAAACUCACCCACUAUGAUUGUGAUGGUCGGUCUGCCUGCCCGAGGGAAAACCUACAUCUCCAAAAAACUAACGCGCUACCUCAACUGGAUCGGCGUUCCCACCAAAGUGUUUAAUGUCGGCCAGUACCGCAGGGAAGCUGUUCAGACCUACAAGAGCUUCGAGUUUUUCCGUCCAGACAACGAAGAGGCCAUGAAGAUUCGCAAAGCUUGUGCACUCGCCGCCCUGAAAGACGUUGCUGCCUACUUCAGUUAUGAGCAAGGCCAAGUGGUGGUAUUCGAUGCAACGAACACAACACGGGAGAGGAGGGAGGUAAUUCUGUCGUUCGCCAAAGAGAACGGCUACAAGGUGUUUUUUGUGGAGUCUGUGUGUGACGAUCCUGAGAUCAUUGCUGAAAAUAUCAAGCAAGUAAAGCUCAGCAGCCCUGAUUAUAUCGGCUGUGACAAAGAGGAGGUUGUGAAAGACUUUCUGAAGAGAAUCGAGUGCUAUAAGAUGACCUACGUCCCUCUGGAUGACAACAAAGACAGAAACCUGUCCUAUAUAAAAAUCUUUAACGUAGGCAGCAGGUAUUUGGUAAACCAUGUCCAGGAUCACAUCCAGAGCCGGAUCGUUUAUUACCUGAUGAAUAUUCACGUCACGCCACGCACCAUCUACCUGUGCAGGCAUGGAGAGAGCGAGCUCAACCUGCUCGGGCGCAUCGGCGGGGAUUCGGGUCUCUCACCGCGUGGAAAUAAGUUUGCAGAAGCUCUUGGGAAGUACAUCAGAAGUCAGUGUAUCCUGGACCUGAAGAUCUGGACAAGUCACAUGAAGAGGACGAUCCAGACUGCCGAGGGAGUCGGGGUUCAGUACGAGCAAUGGAAAGCUCUGAAUGAAAUUGAUGCAGGUGUGUGUGAGGAGAUGACAUAUGAAGAGAUUCAGGAGCACUUUCCUGAAGAGUUUGCACUGAGAGACCAAGACAAAUAUCGCUACCGUUACCCAAAAGGCGAGUCGUAUGAAGAUUUGGUUCACAGACUAGAACCUGUGAUCAUGGAGCUGGAGCGUCAGGAGAACGUUCUGGUUGUGUGUCACCAGGCCGUCAUGCGCUGUCUACUCGCGUAUUUUCUGGACAAAAGUGCAGACGAGCUGCCGUAUUUAAAAUGUCCUCUGCAUACAGUGCUGAAGCUCACGCCCGUGGCAUAUGGCUGUAAAGUCGAGUCAGUUUCUCUGAAUGUGGAGGCAGUGAACACACACCGGGACAGGCCUGUGAUCGACGAUGCUGAGUGCAGUCAUACAUCACCUUAUCGUCACACUCGUGUUCAGCCCAUGGCCAGUCCCAUGCCAACUAAAGCCCCGUGUCUCCCAGAGCUCGAUCUCACUGAGCUUAGCUUGCAGAACGUGAGCGUGGACCGGGAUGACGAACAAGCUCUCCUGACAGUUCCUGAACACAUCUAAAUGCCCAGGAGAGAAGCCCAGGUCAUCUUUACAAGUACCAUUGAG